CUUUACUUUUUCUUCCACGGAGGAUGAGGAAUCUCCUCGCUAACGGAUUUGUCGUUCCAAGAGCAUUUUUACAUGCCGUCAAGCCGUGAAUGCACAUUCUCUCGGUUCAUCUGCGGGCUCUUGUCAUGAGUCGUUAUGAUCAGCAAACGUAUGAUCCUCUCGGUCUCCUGUAUUGUUUGUCUCCCUCGGUGUAUGAAGACUGCGUGCUUUUUGUGUUGUUUUCGGUCUCUACCGGAGCUUCUCGGUAUUAAUUGUGGGAUCGAGUUCGGUCAGAAGAUGAUAGAAGGAGCCACUCGCUCCUCAGUGAAAAGUAGAACGUUCAUCUGUAGUGCCGUCGAGAUUUUAUUAAAUGCUGCGUUUUUCUGCAGUGUGUGCAAGAUGUGAUUGAGAAAUUGAUAGACACCCAAAAGGAGCUGCAAAACGCAUUUAUUCCUUCUCCACCGUACUGUCAACAAACCCACGAAUCUACAGCUACCGGACACAACAAGAUCCACUCUUGUCGUCUGGCACACAACAACUCCUGACCCAAUUGUUGACUAACGAUAAAAAUUUUUGAAUCAACCUGUUUGUUAAAACCACCUACAGCAACAACCUUCGAGAAGCAGCUACAACAGCUUUAUUAUUGUUCUCUCUACUUUCCUACACUUACAUACAUUUUUACGCAGGGACGGCGUACCACUGCUCGUUCAUAAAGUGCAGUCUGCCCUUUUUCAUUAUCAACUCUAAGGCAGAGGAAAAAAACUUUUGAACCCUCACACGGUUCUUGGGGGGAAAAAAGUGUAGCGCUGUACUAGACGAAGGAGCAAGGACAGACGAAAGAGCAAGGACGGCGCAUCUGAAGAGGAGCAAGAACAUCAAGAGCGGAGCCUCUAGUACAAACAUCAAACCGAACAGCGAAGACUUUUGACUACCCGCCGCACGACGUUGGGAGCCCAGCAGGAGGAACUGCCAAGAAAGGUACUACAGCUCCAGCAUUUUGGACGAUCAUAUUAAAGGAGCAAGAACGUAUAUUAAAAAACACAACACGACCUACAGCACAACUACACUGUUUUCAGUUGGUCUUCGUGUUCGUUGCGUUAGAGUUCUUAGUGACGCUUGUUCUUCUAGCGGCGCACGGCAGUAAGUUUUCUUUGCCCAAACAGCAUGACAGACUGCAUUUGAGUGCUCCCGAAAUUAAUAUUUACAUUGCUUGACUUCCGGGUUCUGGUAACGCAUACCCCUGGCGACAGGUGACCUUGACAGGCGACUUCGACAGGUGGCCUCGACAGGUGACCGCGAGAGGUGACCUCGACAGGUAACCUCGACAGGUGACCUUGACAGGUGUCCGCGACAGGUGGCCGCGACGGGUGAACGCUCGCCCUGCCUUCCCCCACUUCUAGCGUUUCGCGCACUAAGCUACUAUGCUCGCCCCUGGUGUGAGGCGAGGGGCGGACGCUGUGUGUCCGCCCCGAUGCCGAACACCCUUCCCCCACUAGUGCUUCGCGCACUAAGCCACUAUGCGCGCGCCUGGUGUGAGGCGAGGGGCGGACGCUGUCCGCCCCGAUGCCGAACACUCUUCCCCCACUAGUGCUUCGCGCAGUAAGCCACUACGCGCGCGCCUGGUGUGAGGCGAGGGGCGGACGCUGUCUGCCCCGAUGCCGAACACCCUUCCCCCACUAGCGCCACUAGGGACGGGCACAAGGCUCCAGCGUGGGGACCCUGUCCCCACGCUCGGGUGGGCCUUGUUUGUCAUGCGCCACGUACAAACUGAGGCUCCAACUGGUAUCGGUUUUAUGCAUCACAAAUUUUUCGAUUUUGCCAAUUUCAAUUCUGACACUUCCAUAAAAAUAAAAAUCAGCUUCCAGAGGAUGGCGGGAAGUACUAAGGCAGCCGACAACUGCUCCCACGGCGCCGCCGCUAGCAGCAUAUGCAUUGAAAAUAUAUCUGGGUCUGGAAGAUUUUUGCAACUUGUAUAUCAUACUAAAUCUGAAUCAUGUAAAAAUCUGUGUUGAUGCAUGAGUGCCAAAAGCUGUCCACCUCUUCUGACCAAGUUGAGAGCGAGUUUCUGCUCAUGCAGGAUCAUAGGCAUGAGCAUGACGGAGACCUAACAGAAUCUGUCAUGCUGGGUCCCGCAUUCCAGAUCUCAUGGGUCAUCGUCAUGCAAGACCAGCAUGACAAGUCGUGCAACCUUCCAGACCGAGAUCGGUGUUUGCGCUUGAUGCAGCAGUGCUGCGUGCAACUCCCGCCGCCGCUCGUGUUCCCGGCGCGUGCUUGGCACCUUCUAUGCACUGCAAAAGUAUAAUCGUACUCGUACUAAAAAUUGCGUUUAUGCAUUAAAAAGUUUUUUCUUGAGGCAGAUCUGCAUUACUAAUGCUAAGUCAAUUUGUCAUGCGAUUUCUACUAGUACAACACUUUUGCAGUUCAUACCUUCUCGGGACUCACGUUUCUCCAUGAUGUGACAACCGGUUCGGUUUUCCUGCAGAUUCCGGGGGCCAAAGCCGUCCGGAUGCCGAAGGAUUUUUUGGCGAAAGCCGACGGGGAGGUAGUCGAAGAGGAGAACAGCAUGAUUCCCGCGGACGACACGAAAUCUGCGGUGGAAACGGGUCAUAUGCAUGGCAAAUAUCUCUGGGUCUGGAAGUAAAGUUGCACUUGCAACUUGUGAUGCAAACGCUGGAACAGACAAAGACUUGUGUUGCAUGAGCGCUAAAAAAGCUGCUCAUUUUUUGCUGCAAUGGCGGGCAGCUUCAGCUUCUCGUCAUGCUUGACAGGCAUCACGCCGCGUCCUCAAAACCUGUAAUGCUUGUUUUGCGUGCAUCAGACACCAUUUGGGCGAUCAUCCGCAAGGUGCAUGACAAGCGGGCGCAUGUGAAGCAGCACACGAAAGGUACCCGGGACGCGAAGGGUACCUAGAACAGAAAAAAGCACACAAAACAGACAAAAAGACGUAUGAGCAGAAAAGUUUUUUCUGACAACGCGCAGCAUUUGUCUGUCCUGCGCGGAACAUACAGCUUUUUUGUAUGUGGAGCGGAAGUGGUGUGGCUGUGGUUGAAUGUUCAUUGUGGCAUGCGGAAGACUCGCGCAGAAACGGCGCACCGCGGCUUUGCGGUUACCACAAGCAGGAGCGCUCGCGCGCGCAGCACAAACUUGGCGCGAAGAAAUAGCGCGCGCGCGCGCGUUCGAGGGCAAGGGCAAAUAAUACGCGGCACGCAGCACUUUUUGGCCACUGCUCACAUGGACACUCACUCUCGAUGGCGUCUGUAUUUUUGCUAACAGUCCGUGAGAAUGCAGAUGACCGAGCGACUGCCGAAUGUGCGUAGUCGUAGUGCGGCGUAGCGCGGCCGCGGCUAAGCGGAACGCCGCGGUGCUAGCGCGGAACCAUACAAAACGACGGCGCAGAGGCAUUGUAGGUCCCUUCGCGUCCGGGGGCCCCGGGAAGUCCUGGGGGCCCCGUGCCGGACGGUAGAACCAGUUUCACAAGGGUCCGCCGGGAAAACAGCGGACCAUAAAACAUAACAAAUUUGUAUGAGAAAGCGAUUUAGAGGCGGGGUUUCUUCUAGGACAAUUAGGGGCAGGCCCCCUCGUGUCCUGACAUACAAAUAUAAUCUGGGGGGUCUCAGGAAUACUGGUUCACAUGACUCUUCCAGACCUAGACAUAAGUAUUUGCAUUCGAUAGACCAACGGGCAAAAGAACCGAAGCGCGUUUCGCUGCUGGCGAUGGGGCGACAACGGCGGGAAAAAGAGCUGAUGGCGCCGGAAGGAAAGAAACAAAGCUCCGAGCAGGACGGCGAGGCAUCAUCUGCGGCCUCAAAGGGAUGCUCCAAGGAGGACCGGAAACGUCUGGCGGGCAUUACUGCGGAGUUUUUGUCCAAACUCGUCUUCACGGAAAGCGAAGACCAACCCAAGAGCCUCAACGAAAUCUUUGGGGAACAAAUCUCUAAGGAGCUCGAAACCGGGGCUGCUGAUCUCGAGCCCGGGGUGCAGAACGCGAAAGCCGAAAAGGAGGCUGCAGCAGAAGAAGUAACGAAAACGAAAAACAAGGAAAAGGAAAACUUGGCUCUUAUUGCGAACAAACCUGAAUCCAAACUUGCUUUUGAGGCUUACCUCGCUGCUUCCACGGCUCGGGAUAAUGCUCAGGCGCGUCUCCAGGAUGCUACCACAGCAUGGAAAAAUGCUGCCAAGGCCAAGAAGGAAGAGCUUGGGCUGCAGAAGCUCACUGAAAUCAACAUCCUGAAGUUCUUCGCGGAGAACAAAGAGCGUUUUUCGUUGUUCGUGAAUACCGUGCUAUGGAGUGUAACUAAGCGGUGGCGGGUCUUCACUUUUUGGCGUAGAUGAUAACUAACAAUCGUGUUGGCGAAGUAGAUACUAGUAGGGACACCGCAGGAGUGCGGUUUUUCAUGACCAUGACAUGAAAAAGAUGAAGACCACGUUGGUUCGUCUGUGGCUCUAGAAGCAGGUCCCAUGAUGCUGGAUGAAAAGGAAAUGCAUUCGCUUUAUAUUUGCGAUUUAUAUAUAUAGCCACCGGGGUUUGGCUGGUUUCCUUCGGUUCGAUAUUAAAGUGGAUGUGGAACUACAGACAGCAACUUCAUGUUGCGCGAAACAAUUUUAUUCCGCGAAACGACGGAAGGGGAGCUGAAGCUCUAUUUCAGCCGACUUACGCGUAUGAUAUUCUUGGCAUGGUUUUAUUUCGGACGCCUACGACUCCUGCUGCGCAUUUUCUCAGGAUACAUCUUUAACCUCGACUUGGGCUUCAAGUAUGGGAUAGCUCUCAAGCGUAACGCUCUCAGCUGUUACAUCAUGUUUUUUUUUGUCAUGCAAAUAAAUUACCAGAAGCCGCCACACCCACACGACCGCCGAUCGCGGUGAUCCGCAUGACAAAUGCUCGAAGGGCUAAACAGCAUCAAGUACGUAGAUCCGUUCCAAGUUUGUCACGCAAGAAAACGCGCAAUCUUCAUCCAGCUUUCGCUUUGUUUGCUGUUCUUGCGUCACAACUUCAUGUAACAGUUGAGAGCGUGACAUUUGAGAACCCCAUAUGAAGGACGGCUGGACGUGGGAGAACAAGAGGGACAUGGGCUCGCUUUUCGCCGGAUACGUGCACCACAUCACCUAUGGAAGUGUAGUCAGGCUUGAAAUCGACAAAGUUGAAAACCUAUCAACUGUAAAAAUGUCUGGGUCUGGAAGAAUGCAACUUGUGAUGCUGCAUUUGAAUUCCAAAAAAAUCUGUCUUGCAUGAGCAGCAAAGGGAAUGCGAUUUUUGCUACGCGGAAAGGGCAUUUGUCAUGCGGCAUAGGCAUCAAGAUGCCCUCAAAACAUCUGUGACGCUAGGGCAUGCAUCACAGACACCAUGGGUCAUGCAAAACGUGCAUCACAAGUCUCAGAAUCUUCCAGACCCAGACACUUUUGCAUUUGAUAAAACCUCUGGCUCUGCGUUGCUGCUGCAUAAACCGGACACGAAUCGGACCAACAGUUUCUAGUCGGCGCAUGACAGAUUUUCCCGUUGCCGUUAGCGAGUCUGUCAUGCUGUUUAGGGAAACGACGCCCCCUUCUGUCUUGCUGAUCAGCGGGGCAAUUCUUGACCCUUAGCAGGGCUACAAGCUGCCUCCCUUGCGUCCUCUGCAAUGCAGUCCCUUCCUGUGGUGCAUUUUAUGCAUGGCAGACUAUUUCAACUUUGCCGAUUUCGGGCCUGAGGCGUCCAUAUCGUCACGCAGGAUCCUAACAUGGACAAAGACAGUGCGUGUUUUGAAUGGAAGG